AAAGGCUAUAAAGAAAAUGAAAAUCUAACGUGCUAUGUCUUAUUUCUGAGAUCUAUCAAUUUUCUUUCUUCUUCUUUUUCAAUCUGCAGUUUGAUCGGAGCUAUUCUUUUUUUUUUUAUUUAUUUAAUUUUCCGGCCGGUUCAAUGUCGUCGUCGAUGCACACAAAAACCGAUUCGGAGGCGACGAGCAGCCUGGCGCCGUCGUCGCCGAACCGGGCGGUUUAUUACGUGCAGAGCCCGUCACGUGACUCGCACGACGGCGAGAAGACGACGAACUCGUUCCACUCGACGCCGAUCCUCAGUCCGAUGGGGUCUCCGGGACGGCAGUCCCGGGACUCGUCUUCAACCAGGUACUCCGGGUCCUUGAAGCCCGGGUCUCAGAAGUCCAGCAACACCGGAUCCUCCCGGCGCCACCACCACCACCGUAAGUCCGGGAAGCCGUGGAAGGAGUUCGACGCCAUCGAGGAGGAGGGCCUCCUUGAUGACGACGGCGGCCGCCGUGGCCUGACGCGCCGCUACUAUUUCCUCGCCUUCGUUGUCGGCUUCUUUGUUCUUUUCGCCUUCUUUGCUCUCAUCCUUUGGGGGGCCAGUAGAAAUCAGACACCUGUCAUUGUCAUGAAGAGUAUUUUGUUCGAUACAUUUAUAAUUCAAGCGGGUUCGGAUUCCUCGGGCGUGGGCACGGAAAUGGUGACGAUGAACUCGACCGUCAAAUUUGUUUUCCGAAACAGGGGAACCUUCUUUGGAGUUCAUGUCACUUCUACGCCAUUGGAUCUUUCUUUCACCGAGCUCACCGUAGCAAGUGGGAUGAUGAAAAAAUUUUAUCAGUCGAGAAAAAGUCAUAAAACGGUGACUGUGUUACUCUUAGGGAACGGAAUACCACUUUACGGAGGAGGCGCCACUCUAAGUAGUAAGGAGGGUAAACCCGAGAUUCCGGUGCCGUUGAAUUUGAACUUCACAGUUCGGGCUCGGGCCUAUGUCUUGGGCCAUCUUGUGAAGCCCAAAUUUCUUAAAACGGUCCAAUGUUCGGUGGUUUUGGACCCGAAGAAAAUGAGUAUGGCCGUUCCUUUGAAGAACAAGUGUACUUAUUCCUAACGAUAUUUCAAAUUUUUUGAUGACAACACCUGGGAAACCAUAAUGGGGCGAUCUUGAACUUUGUUGAAACAUCUAGAGGUGAAGAAGGUAAAAGUGGUAAUAAUUUCGAGCAUUUUGUUAACGAUGGAACUACGUAUUGGUAUUUUCGUGGUGUUGUAAACCGAUACGAUUGUUCUAAUAUUUUGCGAUGCUAAUAAUAUGUAUGCUUGAAUCGAAUAUUGUUGUGUUGUAUGUUUGUAAUAAUUUUUGGUGUUAUCGCAUCUUUUUCAUAACUAUUUGUUUUAGACAAAAAUUGUUGUACUAGAAAAAUUGAUUU